CUGCGCACGCGUCCUGGAAACGGAAGAGGUGGUCUUCCCGGGCGGUGCAUUCCAGUGCUGGCUCGCCUUGUUACCAGCAGCGCCUCUGAGGGGGUGGGGCAGGGCCGGCCAUGCCGUCCGAGGGGCGCUACUGGGAGACCCUGGAGGCGCUGCGCAGCUCCAGCAAAGGUCGCCUCUGCUACCACCGCGACUGGCUGCAGCGGGGCGAGGAUGUUCUAGAAGAAUGCCUGUCUCCUCCCAAGCUGUCCUCUUACUCUGGAUGGGUGGUGGAUCACAUCCUACCCUACACACAGGAGAACCCCGCUCCCUCCGAGACAUCCUCCUCCUCAGGAUCGACUUCUACCCUAGACCAGCCCUUGCUUGUCCCCAGGUCUCCGCUUCAGAGCGCUGCCUUUACUCCAGCGUCCCCCACAGCCCCAGAUGGAGCCAAGGGCAAACAGGAGUCCCAGCACGCAGAAUCGACGACGCUGCGGUCCUCACGGGGCAUCAGUGUGGAAGGCUGCAUCCGGAUGUACGAACUGGCGCACAGAACGCGCGGGACCGAGGGUUUGCGGCAGUGGCAGGAGGAGCAGGAGCAGAAGGUACGUGCCUUGUCAGAGAUGGCUUCGGAACAGCUAAAGCGCUUCGAUGAGCUGAAGAUGCUGAAGCAGCACAAGGAGUUCCAGGAGCUACAGGAGGUGGUGGAGAGGAGCACCAGAGAAGCCCUGGGCCAUCAGGAGAAGCUCAGAGCAGAGCAUCGCCACCGAGCCAAGAUUCUCAACCUGAAGCUGCGGGAGGCAGAGCAGCAGCGCCUGAGGAAGGAGGAGCAGGAGCGACUGCGCAAGGAGGAGGGCCAGGGCCGCCUGCGGAGCCUCUACGCCCUGCAGGAAGAGGUGCUGCAGCUCAAUCAGCAGCUUGAAGCCUCAGCCUCAAGCGCCUCACACCCACAUGGGGACCCACUGCAGGUGGACCUGGCGGCCUUCCGCGCUCGCGGCAACCAAUUGUGCAGCCUCAUCUCGGGCCUCAUCCGUGCAGCCUCAGAGAGCGGCUACCCCACAGCAGAGAACCAGUCUGAGGCAGAGCGGGCCCUGCAGGAGAUGCGGGACCUGCACACGAACCUGGGCCAGGAGAUCAGCAGAGCCUUUGAGGACAAGAAGCAGGAGGCGGAGGCGGCCCGGGGCAAGCUCCAGGAGUCACGGGAGCAGCAGGCGCUGGGGGCCGCACCCCAGGCCCCAGGCCCUAGCCAGAGCCCAGGCAGGACACAGAGUGAAGGCCUCCAGGUGAAGGUGCAGGACAGCACGAUGCAGUGGUACCAGCAGCUGCAGGAUGCCGCUACCCAGUGUGUGUCGGCCUUCGAGUGCCUGAGCAGCAGCAAGGACACACAGACCAAGAAGACGAAGAUGGACCUGCAGAAGGCUGCCACCAUCCCCGUGAGCCAGAUCUCCACUGUUGCAGGCUCAAAGCUGAAGGAGGUCUUUGACAAGAUCCACAGCUUGCUGUCAGGAAAGCCCGUCCAGUCUAGUGGGCACUGCGUGUCCAUCACACAGAGCCCACAGGGGCUGGACUUCGUACAGUACAAGCUGGCCGAGAAGUUUGUGAAACAAGGAGAGGAGGAGGUGGCCUCCCACCAUGAAGCAGCUUUCCCUAUCGCAGUCGUGGCCUCUGGGAUCUGGGAGUUGCACCCCCGAGUUGGGGACCUCAUCCUUGCCCACCUGCACAAGAAGUGUCCCUACUCUGUUCCUUUCUACCCAGCAUUCAAGGAGGGCAUGGCUUUGGAAGACUACCAACGAAUGCUUGGCUACGAAGUGAAGGAGUCCAAGGUGGAACAGCAGGACAACUUUCUGAAACGUAUGUCUGGGAUGAUCCGUCUCUACGCUGCCAUGAUCCAGCUCCGGUGGCCAUAUGGAAACCAACAAGCCACUCACCCUCAUGGCCUGAGUCAUGGUUGGCGCUGGUUGGCACAGGUCGUGAACAUGGAGCCUCUGACCGAUGUGACAGCCACCAUCCUUUUUGACUUCUUGGAGGUGUGUGGCCAUGCCCUCAUGAAGCAGUACCAGGUCCAGUUCUGGAAGAUGGUACUUCUCAUCAAAGAAGAAUACUUGCUCAGAAUUGAAGCUGUCACGAGCUCAGGACAGAUGGGCUCCUUCAUACGCCUCAAGCAGUUCCUGGAGAAAUGUUUGCAACACAUGGAGAUUCCUGUCCCCAAGGGCUUUCUGACUUCGUCCUUCUGGCGCUCCUGAUAGCCUUUUGUCACCUGCCAUCACCUUGUGUUGCAGAGAAGUAAUAAUAAAGCAACUGAAGGCAGCUGUAUUUGGAA